AUGUUGCUGAUUGAAUUACCCGAUGUUGUCUUUGAAACAAUUUUAUCCAAAUUGUCGUAUGAUGAAAUUGCUCGGAAUCGAUUGGUUUGUAAACAUUUUGACCUAACAUGCCAAAAAUUAUUGAACCGCGGGUUUCAGUCCAUGGAACGUUAUCACACUCAAUGUCUCCGAGAAGUAAAAAGCCAGUUGCCAAGACGUGAAUCUGAAAGACGCAAUCAUUCAUUAGCUCGUCAUUGUGAUGUUUUAACAGCCAUUGAGACCCGUAUUUCAAUGUUGUCAAUGACAUUUAUGAAAUAUAUUAAUCAAAACCUUUGCUGUUUUAUUCCUGGCAAGGUGAUUGAUGAAAUAUUUCGAAUUCUUCACUUGGUGAAAGACUCAAAUAGUUUGCCUCGAGCUCACGAGAUCCUCCAAGAAUUGAGAGACAUAAGCAGUAUGGCAAUGGAGCACUUUGAUGAAAAAAUAAUGCCAGCAUUCAAGUCACGCAUGAAUUCAUCAAGCAUAAGUAGUGUCAGCAGUUAUGACUUGCCAGGUGGAAGCUUGAUGAUUCCAUACAGCCCUACAUCAUCUCACGGCACCAGUCGUAGUCCUUCAAUUAUUUUGGGCCGCUACCAUCCUCACACUGCUGACAAAUUAGAACAGCAGUUUAAGAAACUUGUUUGCAAAACACGUAAAAAUAAAUUGUCAUUUAUGGCGAUAAGAAGUAAAUUGAGUAAAAUGCGUCUCCGCAUGAAGCGCCAGGGCGCGCAAAUGCGCUUACAAAGCAAUAAAUUACAUGAACAAGCUAAAAAGUUGAAUGAACAAGAGUUGCAAAUUGCUGAUUUACGCAGGCAUUUUGAGGAGUGGGAACAAAAAAUGGGUGAUUUGACCGCUGAGCUGAGUCGCGCGCGUGAUGAGUCUUUAACGGCAGAUAAUAUUAAACGUCGUAUUUCGACUGUUCAAAAAGAUUCGUGCGAUAACUCUAAACCUAAUUCAAAAAAACGUAAACUUAUCGUUGAGCGUAAGCCUUCAUGUGAUGCUUCGGAUAUUAAAUUUAAAAAAUUUAUGUCCGAUUUGCUGAGUGAAUCUCGAAAAGAGUAG